CAAGCUUGAUGGGACAAGCAUUUGAAAACCAAUCUUCAUGCAGCAUCAUACUUGUUAAACCCUGCAAUCACAUAUGGUCCAGACUGUCCUAGCAAGUCAAAAUUAAUGAUGGCUUUGAUUGAUGUGGUGGAGUCUUAUUCAGAUGAAGAUGUUGAUGGCUUUCUGGUGAUGAAACAAGCAACCACUUACCGUGAAGGCAAAGAAUCUUUCAGUAGACCCUCAUGUCAAAAAGCUGCACAAAAAUUAGACCCUUAUGAGUGGUGGACAUAUUAUGGUUGUUCAGUUCCAGAAUUACAGCGCAUUGCAAUGCGUAUUCUUAGUCAAACUUCUGCUUCUUCUGGUUGUGAGAGGAAUUGGAGCUUGUUUGAGAGAAUUCAUACAAAAAGAAGAAACAGAUUGGAACAUAGCAGGCUGAAUGAUUUGGUUUUCACAAACUAUAAUCUGCGAUUGAAGCAUAGGAAUACAUUGAAGAAGAAGAAAAAUUAUGAUCCAAUUGACUUUGAAAAUAUUGACAUGGUGGACUUUUGGGUGACUGAAGAAGAUCCCACCCCUGAGUUUGAUGAUAGAGAUGUGGCUACAAUUGAAAGUGUUCUUAACAAUGAAGGCACUGCAAAUUCAACAACUUUUGAGAGGGAUAAUGAAGGUGAUGAAAAUAUGGACAUUGCUGAUCCUCCACCUUUGCACGAUGAUACUGUUACUCCUACUUUUCCUCGCCCAACUGAUGAUAUCUUAGUCCAUGCUCCUACCAAUGAUCUUGAUGAUGAUUUUGAUUUUGUAUAG